AUUUGUUGUAUUUGACUCGCUGUACUCUGAAUCUCAUUUCAACACAAUUCCCCCAAAUUUUCACACUCUGCACUCAUCAGUUAAUGCCAGUUUCGUUUCAUCGACACCGCAUGCAGCCUGCUCGCUUUCUGGUCAUUUUUAGAAGUGUGAACUCUCUCUGAUCCCACAUUAGGCCCAGUGUUUGCCUCUACCUUGUCUGGAUUGUGAAUCCUAAUUUGUUCUGAGGUUAAGUGCUGCCCACUGGUGCUCAGCAGGCCAAAACAAACACCGAGUGAUCUACUGCUGAUGUGUCCGAGUCCACCCUGAGGAAAAAUGAGGAGAGAAGUAAAAGAGACAAGCUCAGUGAAAGCGAGAGUUGAGAGAGGAGGUGGGGGUUGCUAACGCUGGAAAUGUGCUUAUUUGAACCUUAUUUGAUGUGUGCUCCCAACUUGUUCUCAUUUUGAUGCAAAACAUCUCAUGGGGUGGGAUUCCUUAAAUGCCGGCCUGCGAUGUUGUUGGAGAAAAGGAACAUGUGCAGCCCAAAUACUGGGACAGCAGUUGAUAAGAGGGAGGAAGACUGCGCUGUUUUUUAGAGCUUAUGGCAUGAACUGGAAACCCUCAAACAAACAGAAGCACACACUCGCACGCUCAUACACACAGUGUAUACAUAUGUCAGAUAUCAGUGAGCCUUUCCACAGUUUAACAUAGUUCAGAGCUGAUUAGCGAGCCAUCACGAUCCUUCCCUCAAGGACUUCUCAAGGAAUGCUGUCCAGAAAUUCCCCCGAAACUGUUUCCCGCCAUUAAUGAUACUGAGGACAGAGUGAUGUCAUGCACUGGUCCAUGGUGUACUAGGCACGGAGGCACUCACCCCCACAGAGCGCACCAUCGCAUCUUCAAGUGUGCUUUGUGUGUGUGUGUGUGUGUGUGUGUGUGUGUGUGUGUGUGUGUGUGUGUGUGUGUGUGUGUGUGUGUGUGUGUGUGUGUGUGUGUGUGUGUGUGUGUGUGUGUGUGUGUGUGUGUGUGCGCUACUGUGAUCUGCCAAGGUAAAGAAUGGCUCUGUGCCUGUGAUUUUUAAUGAGGCCAGUGAGGAGUGUGGUGGGUGGACAGCAUGUGUUAAUAAGCGAACCAUUUGGAGUUCCCCUGAAUGAAACAUCUUCAUUUCAAGGGAAGAAAGAUGACAGCAGCAACCUAAAUAUUGCCUUGAUAACCUGUACCAAAUGGCAUCUCAGCUGGAGUGCGUAACAUGGAACCAAAUGAACACCCUGGCAUCUUCCAUGAAGAGUGGUCAUCCACCCAGCUAUGACAGUGACCCCACAGCUCCCCCUCCACCCAUGCUGGUCAGUGCCCAGUAUCACAUUCACACACAUGGGGUCUUUAGAGGACUUCAGGAUGUCAGACGGGUACCUGGUAUUGCUCCUCCGGUUGUGAAGUCUUCAGAGGCCAGUGAGAAGCGUCCUUUUGUGUGUGCUUAUCCCGGCUGCAGCAAGAGAUACUUCAAACUGUCACAUCUGCAGAUGCAUGGACGCAAACACACUGGAGAGAAGCCUUAUCAGUGUGAUUUCACAGACUGUGGUCGCAGAUUCUCUCGCUCAGACCAGUUAAAGAGACACCAGCGCAGACAUACAGGAGUGAAGCCCUUUCAGUGUGAGACGUGUGAGAGAAAGUUUUCACGGUCAGACCAUCUUAAGACGCACACUCGGACUCAUACAGGUAAAACAAGUGAGAAGCCCUUUACCUGCCGCUGGUCCAACUGUCAGAAGAAGUUUGCCCGCUCUGACGAGCUGGUGCGCCACCACAGCAUGCACCAGAGGAACCUGACCAAGCUGCAGCCUGCCAUCUGAGCAGCGGAGGAGGAGGAGGAGGAGGAGGAGGAGGAGGAGGAGGACGAAGAGGAAGGUGACAAUAUGCUGUGCCAGCUAGUAGACAAAGACGCCUGGAGCCUGGUCAGCGGUUAUGGUGCCUUGCCAGACUCGCUAAAGUGGUGAGCACAGCUGACACCUGGUUCAGCCAGACAGACAACGUCAGGAGAACAGACUCACUGAUGAUCCCUGAGAUCUUCGCGACGCACCUCAGCAAGCACUCUUUCUCUUGUCUGGUUAUGUGACGUUGAAACUCAGACUUUGAGAGGGUACAAUACCAUUCUGAGCCAAGAACAAGAUUUUUUUUUAAUAUGUGAGAUGAGGAAAAAUGUUGAUACACUAUUUUGUAUAUUUUAGUACACUUGCACUGGCUCCUUGUUUUGUUGUUAAAACUGUCUCACCUUUAAAAAAAAUGUGCUGGAUAUUGUGAACUGGAUUUAGGAAAUGUGUCACUUUUUGUCCAUUACGUUGAACACAGAGAAUUUUUUUUGCUUUCGGGAAUGUCUUUAUAUCCGUAAAACUUACAUAAUACUCACCAAAUUGCUUUGUAUAUAUGUGAUGCAUUUGCUGACCUUCCUUUUGGUAUUUUCUAUGUUCUUGUUAUAAAAUCUCAAUUCACAUCGGUGUCGAGGGUAAAAGUAUGUGCGAUUGUGUGGCUGAGAGACAGAAAAGGUGUGGGUGUUGUCAGGUUAAGAGGCCACCUAUGAGAGGUGGUGGUGUAUGAAGGUGGGGGGGGAGUGACAAACAGUAAAACAGCACCCCUCUGUGACUCUGACAGGGUGCAGGUCUCACCCUCCUAAAUCUCGGACACACAUCUUCAUAACCAGGAACAUCUGGAGCCCGAUAAAUCUCAUUAGAAAAGACACAUUCCUCAGUGUCAGCAGGCUGUACUCCACUGACUGCCCCCUUCUGCAUAGCCUGGGCCUCAAAAAUGCACGCAAAUGCACACACUCAAGUCCCUAUGGUAAAUACUAGCCUCCGGUUGAGAAAGGCACUUUGCAUCCUCGAGCCACAUGAUGGCAGUAUCAGCCUUUUCCGUACAACAGAUGGGACUUGAGCUGUGAGCGCUGGAGUGUGACUCAUACACUGCUAACAUGUUACCCCCUCUGUCUUUAGAUUGCCCGUGUCUACAUUACUCUUGCCCUUAGUGGCAUUGAGUAUUCACAAUAAAUAUGGUAAUGUAAAUGAAAGCGAGAAACAGAAAGGCGUGUUCAGGGCAUACCAAGGCCCAUCAAAAAUACAUGAUGUUGAUGGAGUUGUGUGUCAACGCAUGUGAAGCUCUGUAAGAGAUGGGAUGAUUCAGCUACAGCAGGUAUGUUAAUAAAAUAUGACUCAAUGUGGGCA